CCCCGCGCCCCUAGCCGCCGCCGCCGCCGGGCGCAUGCAGGGCGCGCCCCCCGCCAUGGUCUGCGACUCGGAGAUCGCGGCCGCCGCCGGCCCCGCCGCGCCCCCCCGCGCCCCCCUGGACGCCCGGCGGCCCGGCCCCCGCUGGCCCCCGCCCGCGCCCGGCCCGCAGUCCCGCGGGGAGCCCGAGGCCGCGGCGGGGCCGGGGGGCGCGGGGGAGCCGGGGGCCGCGGGGCCGGGGGGCGCGGGAGGGCGCGGCGUGCACAUCCGCGAGUUCCGCGCGGCCGAGCAGGAGGCGGCGCGCCGCAUCUUCUACGACGGCAUCAUGGAGCGCGUCCCCAACACGGCCUUCCGCGGCCUGCGGCAGCACCCGCGCACGCAGCUGCUCUACGCGCUGCUGGCCGCGCUAUGCUUCGUGCUGAGCCGCUCGCUGCUGCUGACGGGCCUGGUGGCCUUGGCGCUGCUGGCCCUACGUUACUACUACAGCCGCAAGGUGAUCCUGGCCUACCUGGACUGUGCUCUGCACUCAGACAUGGCGGACAUCGAGCAGUGCUACAUGAAGCCCCCCGGCUCCUGCUUCUGGGUGGCCGUGCUGGAGGGCAACGUGGUGGGCAUCGUGGCUGCACGGGCGCACGAGACGGACAACACGGUGGAGCUGCUGCGAAUGUCGGUGGACUCGCGCUUCCGUGGGAAAGGUAUCGCCAAGGCGCUGGGCCGCAAGGUGCUGGAGUUCGCCUUGGUGCACAACUACUCCGCCGUGGUGCUGGGCACGACAGCCGUCAAGGUGGCUGCCCACAAGCUCUACGAGUCACUGGGCUUCAGACACAUGGGCUCCAGUGACCACUACGUGCUGCCCGGCAUGACCCUGUCUCUGGCAGAGCGUCUCUUCUUCCAAGUCCGAUACCACCGCUACCGCCUGCAGCUGCGCGAAGAGUGAGGCCGCCCGCCACCCUGUCCUCCCGCGUCUGCCCGCGUCCGCCCGCGUCUGCCCGCAUCCACGCUCUGUCCGGCCUACAGCCUCUGGCUGCGGGGGCAGCUGCUGUUCCCGCGGCCCUCGACCCCCCCAUGCCCUGGAUAGUGACGAGGCUGCCUGGCACCGGCCCCGGGGCCGGCCUUCCCGCCAAGCACAGAUGCCCUGGGUGGCGAGGCCCCUCCUGGCUGCCUGGCGCCCCGCCCACUUGCCCAGUGCAUGCCCAGGGCAUGGCCGCUCAGCAUGCCGCAUGC